CCCUCAAGAAGUUCAUCGGCUUGUGUAGGAAUUUACUUGAAUAUGUUAUAAUCGAAAUAGAUAUGACGACGAAGGUGUUUAAAGGUGUGAAUGUUUUCAUGUCAAGGAACUUGGUUCCUCCAGAGUUGUUCGAUUCACUUCACGAUGCUCUCAAGCUCAACGGAGCCCAGGUUUUGCUUUGUUGCGAUCCAUCACGCAAUGCUCCUAAUGAUUUCCACGUCAUUUCCUCUGCCGAUCAUGAGAAAUUUGAGGAUCUUCGAGCAAAGGGAUGUAAUUUAUUGGGUCCCCAGUGUGUGCUUUCCUGUGCGAAGGAACAUAGGCCGCUACCUAAACAGGGAUUCACUUGUUGCCUGGCAAUGGAUGGGGUUAAACUGCUCACAUCUGGUUUUGAGAUGGAUGAAAGGGCUGAAAUUGCUAAAUUGGUCACUUCUAUGGGAGGAGUUUUGCAAACCAAAGCAUCAAUGGAUGUCAGCUUUGUUAUUGUAAAGAAUGUUUUGGCUGCAAAAUACAAGUGGGCUUUAAAUGUUCUAAAGAAACCAAUUGUUACCAUCAAUUGGCUGCAUCAGUGCUGGAGAGAACACAGAGUUGUCCCUCAAGAUUCAUUUCGAGUUCCUCCUUUCUCUGGGUUGACAGUAUGUGUCAGCAGGAUUCCAGCGGAUGAGCGGAAGCAGAUGGAACAGCUCAUCUUACAAAAUGGUGGCAAAUAUUCUGCUGAACUGACUAGAAAGUGCACACAUUUAGUCUCUGACGCUCCUGAAGGUGACAAGUAUAAGGUUGCUAAAAGAUGGGGUCACAUACAUAUCAUAUCAAGGAAAUGGUUUGAUCAAUCUGUUGCUAGAAGAGCAUGCCUUAAUGAGGAGUCCUAUCCUGUUCAGGGUAGUUCUAUGAAAACUGUAAGAAAGAUGGCAAUGCCUAGUCAAGAUAAGAGUCUUGGAAAUUCCCAAUGCGAGGCAUCAUCUGCAGGCACUGCUUCAGACCCACAAGUCAGGCUGUAUGCUCAGAAAGCAGAACCAAAUUCAGAAGCUAAUAUCUCACAUGACAUGUCUUCUGCAUUUUGUGAUGCUCCUACCUUUACAAGAGAAGAGGACAAUGGACAAUCUGCUGAACAGCUAAAAAACAAUUCCAACUUUGAUGGGUGUGUUGCUGAUGACUCUCAAACCGAGGAUGACUUGUACUUGUCGGUUUGCAGAAUUAUGCUUGUUGGUUUUCAUGCUGACAAUAUGCGUAAAUUGGUCAGCAUGGUUCAUAGAGGUGGUGGUUCUCGUUAUAUGUCCUUCAAUGAAAAAUUGACACACAUAAUUGUUGGUACUCCAUCAGAGAGUGAGAUCAAAGAAGUAAGAAACCUUGCAGCUUUAGGCGUGAUCUAUGUUGUUAAAAGUGAAUGGCUUGAAGAUUGUGAUCAUCAAAAGAAAGAAGUUCCUGUGCUUAAGAGGCACAUGGCUUAUGAUUUAAUUCUCCCAAGAGAUACCACUAACUCCAACAAAAGAUCGUUCAUGGCCAUGAAUGAAAUGAGACAGGGAUCCUCUGUUCAACCUAUCCUGCCUGAUGAUCACAUUGUAAAAUAUAAAAAUUCUCAGUCUGGUGUGUCAUUUGAGAAGAGAAAAGAAGUGGACAGUAUCAGAAAUGAGGAAAUGUCCUGGGUGAAUACAGGAAACCUUGCUAAACAACAGCAGUCUACAGAGAAGAGUGCCAGCCAUGACAGAGACAACAGAAUAUCAUCCAAUGUAUUUGCUGGGAAACUGUUUUGCUUUUCUGGAUCAUUUCCCGUUGAUCAGAGGGCUGAAAUCGUUGAAUGGGUUAAUCAAGGGGGAGGAGAAGUUGUGGAAAAUCUGGUUGAAGGAAAUACACACUUCAUUGUUGAGUGUCAUGGUGUGGUUCCUUCUGAGACUGAUUUUUCCGCCAGUAAAUACGUGUCAAGUCACUGGAUCCGUUCUUCUUUAAUGGAUGGGCACUUACUGGAUGUCAGCAGUCAUAUCCUCUAUUCUCCCCUUCCAUGCCAAGUACCAUUCAUGAGUUUUAAGUGCUUCCGCUUCUGUGUUUCGCAAUAUGAUGAGAAAGAAAGACUGCUGCUGAGAAAUUUGUGCUUUAUUCUUGGAGUCCGAUUUGUUGAAAAACUGACUAAGAAAGUCACGCAUUUGUUAUGUAAAUUUGCCAGUGGACCAAAAUACGAGGCUGCUUGUAAGUGGGGGAUACAGCCAGUUAAUUCUGAAUGGAUUUAUGAGUGUGUCAAGCAGAACAAGGUUGUUUCUCCAGGUCCAUUUUAUCCAAAAGAAGCAACUUCUCAAGACCGAGAAACAGGAGUCUGUACUAUGACACAGUAUCCUACCCAAGGCAUUGGGAUAAUAUCUGGGGAUGAUGCAUCUCAACUUCCAAGGCAUUCCCAAGAGUCCAAAAGUGUAGAAACUGAAGCUUUUACCAAAAAAAGCGAGGAGAUAAAUUACCCAAUUGGUUGUUUAAAAAAGGCAAGGACUUUUGAGGCUGACAAAACAAAAUGCUCAUUUUCUGAGGCAAACUUAACCCAUAGCAUCUGCCGGGUAAGUCCAAUGGAAGAAGACGUGACAGAAAAUGCAAGCAAAGUCACCACUAUGGUUCCUGAUGUAGCUGCUGCUAUUGAGGACUUGUUGGAGCAAACGAGUAAGAUCCAUGAUCAGAAAUCUCCUGCUAGAAGUGCGUGUGGUACAAGUCUUUUUACAUCUGAUUGUACUGUUCUUGGUCAAGAUCGUGGAGAGCCUCAGUCCGCUCUUGGAUUGCCCAAGCACUGGAAAAAUAGGUUUGAUGAAAAGGAUGAUUCCCAUAAUCCCCAGGAAGAUGCCAGAACAAACGAUUACGAUGGCUUUACUGAAACACCAACAGAGUCUCAGGUUGUUGGGUAUGCCGAUGAUCUAUCUGGCAGGCAAAUGAUAAUUGAUAGAGUUCGAACAAGGAAUAGCAUGACUUAAGCUUUGGGGCACUGAAUGAUAAACUUUGGACCAUUUGCACUGCGCUGCAAGCAGAAUGAACUUGUAGACUGGAGAAUAUCAUGCUCUUAAGAUGCUGAUGGGAUAGAGAGCAAGGGUGUUAUCAAAGCUGCAAGAAUAGAAGGAAAUGGAAACAGAAAAAGCUUUUCACUAUCUGGAUCCACAGGCAUUAUAUGAGCUGAAUGAUGAUAACUCUACCAUAGUACAAGUAAUUGUCUUGGUUUUGAAGCGCUUACUUGUGGUUCGUAAACUAGCUCAGCUACGAUGCAGGAGUGUGGAUUUAGUUGUUUUACAGGUCGAAGAUGGAAUUGAUUUAGGCAAGUAUUUGUUGUGUCACUGUACGAAGAAAACCGUUUACACUAUAAUUUGAGCCCACUUGGAAUUGAAUUGGUUGCCAAAGACUAGUCUUAUGGUUUUGUAGCGUGUAUGUGAAUUAUAAUCAGCUCCCAAUACGGCAAAUUCUGUAAUUAAAUUAGUUUUCUGCUUCUUUUCCACUCA